ACAUUUACAUUUGUAUUGUUUUUAUCGGUGCUCAUGUAUGGUGUCGUAUUUUGUCUAUGUGGAUUUGUAUUGCUUACGGUGAUUAACGAUGAAAACUUAAACUCUGAAACUUUUUCACAAAUAAGUUACUUGUUUCUUGUUGUCCUCAGCCAACUUAUGCAAAUAUUUUUCUACUGUUUUGGAGGAGAUUUAAUAAUAGAACAAUGCGACGCUGUAUAUCGAACUAUUUGCGAUCUUGAAUGGUAUACAUUGGAGUCACGCAAGGCGAGAAAAUUUAUCCUACUAAUGUUAGUAGCCAAGGAACCUUUUCGUAUUUCUGCGGGAAAAGUUUUUCCACUAACAAUGACCAAUUUCUGUAACCUAUUAAAAACAACGGCUGGCUAUGUAUCUGUUCUGAUAACAACGCAGAGUUAAAAUUAUAUAAUAAUGUAUCAU